AAUUCAUUCUGCUUCCACUGCUUCCACCACACCAUCCUCCACUUCCUUCUUAUAACUUUUCCCUCUUCCUCCCCAAACACCGCCAAUCUGUUUUCCUCCGCCUUUCGUCGCUUUCCCUUCUCCUCCCUCCGUGCAUCGCUUGGAUUGACUGCCGCGGCCACUUCUUCGCUCCAUCAAAAAUCCUCACCUGCAACUUCCGCUCUCCCGAAUCCCCUUUCGACGCCACUGCGCGUCAAUCCUCCUUCAUCCUCCAGAAUGGUUCACACCAACGUCGUCAGUAAGUAUCAUCGUCUCAAUUGGGCUGCCUGAAGCGGGUCUUAACCAUCUUGUUGCCAUUAGUUAUCGGCUCCGGCCCCGCUGCGCACACCGCUGCCAUCUACCUGUCCCGUGCCGAACUCAAGCCCGUCCUCUAUGAGGGUAUGUUGGCUAACGGCACCGCCGCUGGCGGUCAGCUUACCACCACUACCGACAUCGAGAACUUCCCCGGUUUCCCCGAUGGAAUCGGCGGCGGUGAACUCAUGGAGAACAUGCGCAAGCAGUCCAUCCGCUUCGGCACUGAGGUGAUCACCGAGACCAUCUCCAAGGUCGACUUCUCCCAGCGCCCCUUCAAGCUCUGGACCGAGUGGAACGACGGCCCCGACAAUGAGCCCGCUCACACUGCCGAUGCUGUCAUCAUCGCCACCGGUGCUAACGCCCGCCGUCUCGACCUCCCCGGCGAGGAGAAGUACUGGCAGAACGGUAUUUCGGCCUGCGCCGUCUGCGACGGUGCCGUCCCCAUCUUCCGCAACAAGCCCCUCUUCGUCAUCGGUGGUGGUGACUCCGCCGCCGAGGAGGCCAUGUUCCUCGCCAAGUACGGCAGCAGCGUGACCGUCCUCGUCCGCAAGGACAAGCUCCGUGCCAGCAAGACCAUGGCCCAGCGUCUCCUGGCCCACCCCAAGGUCACCGUCCGCUUCAACACCGUUGCCACCGAGGUCCUCGGCGAGGAGAAGCCCAUGGGCCUGAUGACCCACCUGCGCGUCAAGAACGUCGUCUCCGGCGAGGAGGAGGUCGUCGACGCCAACGGUCUCUUCUACGCCGUCGGCCACGACCCCGCCACCGCCCUGGUCAAGGGCCAGAUCAACCUCGAUGAGGAUGGAUACAUCGUCACCCAGCCCGGUACCAGCUACACCAGCGUUGAGGGUGUCUUCGCCUGUGGUGACGUCCAGGACAAGCGCUACCGCCAGGCCAUCACCAGUGCCGGUAUGUUUCUCACUUUCUCCACACAAGUAACAGAUCUUGCUGACCUUCUACUGUCUCCAGGAUCCGGCUGCAUUGCUGCCCUCGAAGCCGAGAAGUACAUCGCCGAGAAGGAGUCCAAUGACGAGGAGCCCGUCACCAGCGUCGAGAAGUCCACUGUCCAGCCUACCCAGGAGGUCAACGGCGAGGUCAAGAAGGAGUCCGAUGGUGCUACCACCGAGUACAAGUCCAACCCUCUUCUUUAAGCGAUUUCGCAAAAACCCUUUCCUUAUCUACCGCCCUUUACAACCGCAUUCGCCCCCCACCCUUUUCUCAAUGCCUUCCAUCGCAUCGAUCGGGUUUCCAUUUCCUAGACUAGACACACUCCCCCAUUUGUCACCUUGUUGUGUGUGCACCAUACACGCAGAGGAUGAUGAUACCCCUUUGUCUCUUUUCCGUCAGGAAUUUCUUCCUGCUACGAUUCUGUUACGGGAUUAUAUCUUAGACUUAGCGUUUUUUUAUCUUUGUUUUUAUUCUUUUUUCGUUUCAGAUCUGAUCUCAUGUUUGUGAUGUACAUACAACGUGAUACAACACACGCACCACACACCAGGAGGGUUGGUUGGGGUUUUCCUUUCCAUGGAAUUCGAACGAUGACUGGAACUGGAUCUUCUGACUGUGGAAAUACAUUGUUACAACAAGGAUAGAAUUAGAAAUAGAAAGUCAUG